CCUUAUGGUCUAUACAAGUUAUGUAUUUUCCUUAAUUUACGGUACGAUUAUCCAACAAUGUUCAUAACAGAGAAUGGCUGGUCAACAAAGACUGGUCUAUGGGAUAGAAGCAGGGCAGAGAAUAUGAGGAGAUAUUUAAACGCUUUAUUACUAGCCAUAGAAGAUGGUACAGAAGUAAUGGGUUACACUGUAUGGAGUCUAAUGGAUAACAUCGAAUGGAUAGCGGGUAGUAGUGAACGCUUCGGACUAUACGAGGUUGAUUUUGAAUCAGAAGAGAAAACAAGAACAGCUCGUCUCUCUGCGCAUGUAUACAAAAGAAUAAUAAAAAAUAGAAUAAUAGAAGAUAAUUGGGAACCGAAAAACUUGAAAAUAAGUAAACCGAAAAGAGUUGAUUUGUAAUUUAUGUUUAAAAAGUUAUAAGAUUAAAUUAUUAUUAGAUACUUGCUUUAAUUUGGUGAUACGAUACUUUAGAAAUAAAUAGCUGUUGCACGCGACUCCGUCCGCGUGGAUAUAUAAAAUUUAAUUAAUUU